CUAUUCAUCUUACGUCCUUUUUGCUCUGGCACGGUGGUGGCCAUGGAUUCCGACGACCACCCGCCUGAGUUCAUCAUCCACGUCGUCGACGACCUCGCUCCGCCGCCGCCGCCGCCGCCGCGAGCGCAGCCGGCCCUCGUCCCUCCUCGCAUCCUGCCGCUCCCGCCGCCGGCGUUUCACGGGGCAGCAGUCCAACGACGACGACCUCGGCCUCCUCCAAGGGACGAGGCCACCAAUAAUCGCACCCUCCUUUUCGUAUUUCAGGUCUGCAUGUUCACCAUGAUGGUAAUCAAUUUGAGCAUAGCGAUCUAUCUCACGGUGCACCCUUCUCCUGAGGAAAGUAUUGCUGAUGAAAGGUCAGGCGUGCGGAUGACAUGUGUGUUUAUUAUAAGGUACGGAGACAAGUGCUUAUGCAUCGAUGAAAAGGAACAUGACCUUGAUCCCUUGCUUAUUCCUACUAUUAGUUAAUUAAUUAAUUGUCGUUUCAGCGACGAAUAUGACUAUUGUAGAUGACCUGAGAUAUGUAACUAUUUCUUUUUGCAAGGAUAAUCAUUUUUUAUCUUGUUAUUCUAAAACAAGUUUACUUUUAAGUAAUAAUUAUUGGUAUUUCUUUCGGGGGUC